AAAGAAAAUAGCAAAAAGUGAGGAAGAAUUGGGAAGAAGGGAAAGAGAAGAAAGGAAAGGAAAGGAAGAAAAGGAAGAAAGAAAGAAGGAGAAGAGGAAGAAGAAGAAGAAGAAGGGAGGAAGAAGGGGAAGAUGAUCAGAAUUUUGGGGGUUUCUCUAGCAAGAUAGAACUGGCAAGGGAAAAAGAGAGAGUAUGACCUGAAAUAUAAGCAAUUAGAGAGAAAUGGAGAAAGGAGGAGAUUAGGAGCAAACAGGAUUUCAGCAAGGGAGAAAAUUUUUCAUCCUUUCAGAUGUUACAUCAGGCAAGAAAUAGAGCCAGCUAGCUAGCUGGGUAAAGAGUGUUUGUGGGAUGGAGGCUAAUACCAUCGUUGCUCCUUUCGUCAUGAAGACAUAUCAGAUUGUGAACGAUCCAGCCACGGAUACGCUGAUCACCUGGGGCAAAGCCAACAACAGCUUCAUCGUCAUCGAUCCUUUAGAUUUUUCCGAGAGGAUCUUGCCUGCUUAUUUCAAACACAACAACUUCUCUAGCUUCGUUCGCCAACUAAACACCUAUGGUUUUAGAAAAGUGGAUCCCGAUAGAUGGGAAUUCGCAAACGAGUGGUUUCUUCGGAGCCAAAAGCAAUUGUUGAAGAAUAUAGUUCGUAGAAAGCAUAGCAAGGGCUCAUGUAUGCAAGCUAAAAUAGAGGAUUUUGACAAUGAAGAGCUAGUUAUGGAGAUAGCAAGGUUAAAGCAAGAACAGAGAGUCAUGGAGAAAGAGCUUGAGGAUAUGAACAAACGCUUGGAGGCCACAGAGAGACGCCCUCAACAAAUGAUGUCUUUUCUUUACAAAGUUGUGCAGGACCCUGAUCUUCUCCCUCGCAUGAUACUCCAGAAAGAACGAACCAAACAAUUAAAUGACAAGAAGUGCCGGUUAAUGAUUUCUUCUUCUUCAUCAUCCUCUGGUGGGGCGGCAGUUUCUAGUUUGGUGAAGUCUGAAGAGGAAGAAACGGGAAGCGUUGGGGUAAUAUCGUCGCCAGAAACUGGGUUUUGCCAAUCUUCGCCAUCGCCGGAGAAAAAUAUCAUAAGGUGGUUAGGAGAAGGGAACUAUGUUCCUGACUCAGCGCCUAAUACAUUCACAUCAAUUUCGAUGGGUGGAGGGAUUAGGAACACUGUCACUGUUGCAAGGCCUCCACCAGAGAAUAACUUGAUAGGUUGUGGUGAUGAUAGGGUUGGCCAAAUAAGCUAUUUUGGAGAACUGGCGGCAGAUGUGGAGGCUAGACCACCACCGCCUUAUCCAUUUUCACUUUUAGGUGGUGGCUUUUAGCUGCUUCUAUACACAAGAUUUAUCUUGGAUUCUAUCUUCUAUAUUAUUUUUACUUUUUGAUA